CAACAGGCAGCUGGAACAUCUCCGGACUCUCAGAAGAAAACGCGCAGAGUUAAAAGCCCCUCGGUGGAGAGCCAGGCCAAAGUCAAGGGUCAGCGCUGGCUUAAAAGAGCCUCCCAGCACAAGCAGCGCACACUGGGUACCCACCUGCUGCGCAGCGUGGACCAGGGCUUCCCGCGCUCCCUCGCGCGGUGUAACCCUCUGGAGAGCUGGGGGCCGGCUCUAGGGUUCUGAGAGUCCCCAGACCCCGGGAAAGUUCGAAUAAGAUCAAGAGAACUUCACUAACAAAAUGAAGAUCCUGCUAAUUAUAUUUGUCCUAAUCCUUUGGACUGAAACAUUGGCAGAUCAGAGCCCAGGGCCAGGCCCUGAGUUUGCAGAUGUCGUGUUUCUGGUGGACAGCUCUGAUCACCUGGGAGUGAAGUCCUUCCCUUUUGUGAAAACGUUUAUCAACAAAAUGAUCACCAGUCUCCCCAUAGAGGCCAACAAAUACCGCGUGGCCCUGGCCCAGUACAGCGACAAGCUCCAUAGUGAAUUCCAGCUGAACACCUUCAAGAGCAGGAACCCCAUGUUGAACCACCUCAAGAAGAACUUCUUAUUCAUGGGUGGCUCCCUGCGCAUAGGAAACGCGCUCCAGGAGGCUCACAGGACCUAUUUCUCUGGACUCGCCAACGGGAGAGACAAGAAACUGUUUCCCCCGAUUUUGGUGGUCCUGGCUUCCGCCGAGUCCGAGGAUGCGGUAGAAGAGGCUGCCAAGGCCCUGCGGAAGGACGGGGUGAGAAUCAUCUCCGUGGGGCUGCAGAAAGCUUCUGAGGAGAACCUGAAGGCCAUGGCCACGGCUCCGUUUCAUUUCCGCCUCCGAUCCGUCAGAGACCUCAGCGCGUUCUCCCAGAACAUGACGCGGAUCAUCAAGGAUGCGGUUCAGUAUAAGGAAGGAGCCGCGGAUCCCGAUGUACAAGUUUCCUUACCGAUGACCUGUCAGAAAGAUUCGCUAGCUGACCUUGUGUUCCUGGUGGAUGAGUCACUUGGGACCAGACAGAAUUUAAGGAACCUGCAGAGCUUCCUAAAGAAUAUUACCACCUCCCUGGAUGUGAAGGACAACUGCAUGCGGCUUGGCCUUAUGAGUUACAGCAAUAGAGCCCAGACUAUUUCUUUUCUGAAAUCCAGCGCAAAUCAAUUUGCAUUUCAGGAGCAAAUCCAGAAGCUUUCUAUCCAGACUGGGAAAUCCAAUGCUGGGGCUGCCAUUGAGAAACUGAGGAGAGAAGGCUUCUUAGAGUCAAGUGGCAGCAGAAGGGCACAGGGUGUACCUCAGAUCGCGGUCCUGAUCACUCACAGACCCUCAGACGAUGAGGUGCGUGAGGCUGCAAAGAGACUUCGUCUGGAGGACGUAACUGUGUUUGCCAUGAGCAUCCAAGGGACCAAUAAUACCCAGUUAGAAGAAAUAGCAUCUUACCCUCCGGAACAGACAGUUUCCAUGCUAAAGUCCUAUGCAGACUUGGAAUCUUACAGUAAGAAAUUCCUGAAAAAGCUCCAGAAUGAAAUAUGGUCCCAAAUUUCUACUCGUGCUGAACAUAUAGAUCUUGACAAAACUGGCUGUGUGGAUACCAAAGAGGCCAUUCUCUAUUUCCUCAUCGAUGGCUCCACCAGCAUCAGGAUGAAGGAGUUUGAGCAGAUCCAGGAAUUUAUGUUGGCCGUGAUAGACAUGUUUAGCAUCGGCCCAGACAAUGUCCAAGUGGGAGCCGUGCAGUAUUCACAUAAGCAGAAAGUGGAAUUUGAUAUUCAUGUUUAUACCAAUGAUGUGGAUCUAAGAAAGGCUGUUUUAAACCUCAGGCAACUCAAGGGCAACACUUAUACUGGAGCAGCCCUGGAUUUCAUACUGCCCAUAAUACGGGAGGGAAGGAAGCGUAGGUCAAGUGAGGUUCCCUGUCACCUCAUAGUGCUGACGGAUGGGAAGUCCCAUGAUGACGUCCUGGAACCUGCUGAGAGACUAAGGGCAGAACAAAUCACCAUUCAUGCAAUAGGCAUUGGGAAGGCUAACCAAACACAACUGCUACAAAUUGCUGGGAGAAAAGAAAGGGUUAACUUUGGGCAGAACUUUGAUUCUUUAAAAAGCAUCCAAAAUGAAGUUGUUCGCAGGAUCUGCAUUGAAAAAGGAUGUGAAGACAUGAAGGCUGACAUCAUGUUUCUGGUGGACAGUUCUGGCAGUAUAGGACUUGAAAAUUAUGGGAAAAUGAAGACCUUUAUGAAAAACCUGUUAGCUAAGAUUCAAAUUGGUCCAGAUAAAACUCAAAUUGGUGUCAUUCAGUUCAGCGGUAAUAAUAAGGAAGAGUUCCAGCUUAAUAAGUACUUUACACAAAAAGAAAUUUCAGAUGCAAUAGACAGAAUGUCUCUCAUCGGCCAAACCACUUUGACUGGAAGUGCACUGACCUUUACAAAUCAAUACUUCACCCACCCCAAGGGGUCCCGUCUUGGAGUCAAAAAGUUUCUCAUUCUCAUCACGGAUGGAGAAGCACAGGAUGAUGUGAGAGACCCUGCACGAGCUCUUCGGGACAACGGCGUGAUUAUCUUCUCUGUGGGGGUGUACGGUGCCAAUAGGACUCAGCUAGAGGAGGUCAGUGGGGAUGGCAGCCUGGUCUUUCAAGUUGAGAACUUCGAUCAUCUAAAAGCAAUAGAAAGUAAACUCAUCUUCCGUGUGUGCGCUCUCCAUGAUUGUAAGCGUAUUAAACUGUUAGACACAGUGUUUGUGCUGGACCAUUCAAGCAGCAUAAAUUCGCAACAGCAAGAAAGCAUGAUUAAUCUAACCAUCCAUCUGGUAAAGAAAGCGGAUGUUGGCAGGGACCGAGUUCAGUUUGGAGCUGUCAAGUAUUCUGACUAUCCCGAGGUUCUGUUCUACCUCAAUACGUACUCAAACAGAUCAGCAGUCAUUGAGAAUCUGAGGAGACGCAGGAGCACAAUAGGGAACACCUACACGGCCAGGGCUCUCGAGUACACAAACAGCCUGUUCACGGAGGAGCACGGCAGCCGCAUCAAGCAAAAUGUGAAGCAGAUGCUUAUUGUCAUCACUGAUGGGGAAUCCCAUGACCGAAAUAUGCUCAAUGACACGGCGUUGAAAUUGAGAAACAAAGGCAUCAUCAUCUUUGCAGUGGGUGUAGGAAAGGCCAAUCCAAAUGAACUGGAGGCUAUGGCAGGGAAUAAAGACAACACUAUCCAUGUAGAUAAUUUCGACAAACUGAAAGAUAUUUACCUGCCUCUACAAGAAAGUAUGUGUACCAAUGCACAAGAGGUCUGUAAGAUUCCAGAAGCCGAUGUGAUUUUCUUUUGUGAUGGCUCUGACUUGGUAUCUGAUUCAGAGUUUGUUACCAUGACGACUUUCUUGUCAGACUUAAUUGAUAGUUUUGACAUUCAGUCUCAAAGAAUGAAAAUUGGGAUGGCUCAAUUUGGGAGCCGCUACCAAGAAAUGAUUGAGUUGGAAAACUCUCUGACUAAAAUCCAGUGGAAGAAUCAAAUUCAAGCUAUCACCAAGACCAGUGGGCCUCCGCGAAUCAACUUGGCCCUGAAACAAGUGAGCGUUAUGUUUCAUCCAUCCGCUGGUGGGAGAGGAAAUGCCGGUGUUCCGCAAACUUUGGUUGUUAUCACAUCUGGGGAUCCCCAAGAAGAUGUGGCAGAUGCAGGAAAAGUCCUGAAAGACCUUGGAAUUUGUGUCCUGGUUUUGGGCAUAGGACAUGUUCAUAAGGCACAGCUUCUGCCAAUCACAGGCAAUUCUGAAAAAAUAAUCACUUUUCAAGACUUUACUAAAUUAAAGAAUGUGGAUGUGAAAAAAAGAGUUGUCCGGGAAAUCUGUCAGAGCUGUGGGAAAACCAAUUGCUUUGUGAAUAUACUGAUCGGGUUCGACAUUUCCACUCACGUGCCAGGGCAGCUGUUGUUCCAUGGCCACCCCCGCCUGGCAUCAUACCUCCCAGGCAUCUUAGAGGACAUCACCUCCAUCAGGGGUGUGAGCUGUGGGGCAGGGGCAGAGACGCACGUGAGCGUAGCCUUUAAGGUGAACAAUGACCAAGAAUUCCCUGCCACGUUCCAAAUCUACCAGGAAACAAUAUUUAACAGGCUGCUGCAAGUCACUGUCAAUGGGCCAACUCAUCUCAAUGCACAGUUCUUGCAGUCGCUGUGGGACACUUUUGAGGAUAAAUCUGCAUCCCAAGGACAGGUGCUACUCAUCUUUUCAGAUGGCAUUGGGGAUGAAAGCAUCACAAUGCUUGAAAAUCAGUCAGACAGGCUCAGAGAAGCAGGUCUUGAUGCUCUGCUGGUGGUAUCAUUAAACCCAACUGCUCAUGAUGAGUUUUCCAGCUUUGAAUUUGGAAAAGGAUUUGAUUACAGGACUCACUUGAACAUUGGAAAGAGAGACUUGGGCAAAAUACUAUCACAGUAUCUGGGAAACAUUGCAGAGAGGACGUGUUGCUGUACACUUUGCAAGUGUUCAGGGCCUCCAGGACCUCAUGGGACCCAAGGACUACAAGGCUCGAAGGGUUCUCCAGGUCUGAAAGGCAGCAGAGGACACAGAGGAGAGGAUGGAAACCCUGGAAGACGAGGAGAAACUGGACCGCCAGGAGAUAAAGGGAUUGCAGGAUGUCCAGGGCAGUGGGGUCAGAAGGGAGACAGAGGAUUUUCUGGAUACAAGGGAGCCCAGGGAGACGAUGGAAUUGAUGGACUCGAUGGGGAAGAGGGCUUUCAAGGAUUUCCUGGAAAAAAGGGAGAAGCAGGUGAUCCAGGAUCCCAGGGCAGCCCAGGUUCCAGAGGCCCCCCUGGGGAAUAUGGGGAGAAGGGCUUUCCAGGGGAUCCUGGUGAUCCAGGACAAAACAAUAACAUCAAAGGACAAAGGGGCUCCAAAGGAGAACGAGGAAGACAAGGUAGAACCGGACAGAAAGGGAGGCAAGGCAGUCCGAGUUCCAGAGGAAGCAGGGGAAGAGAAGGCCAAAGGGGACACGAUGGUCCCCCGGGGGAGCCGGGAAAUCCUGGACCUAACGGUACACAGGGAGCUGAAGGAUUACAAGGCCCACAGGGGUUAAUUGGAAUUCCUGGCAGGAAGGGAGACAAAGGAAGCCCGGGGCAUAAAGGACCUCAGGGUUCUCCUGGGCCAAUGGGAACCAAGGGGAGUGUUGGAAGACCUGGACUCUUGGGGAAAAAAGGAGAACCUGGCAUUCCUGGAGAUCCUGGGCCAGUGGGGCAAGCUGGACAGCGAGGAAGACAGGGAGAUUAUGGCAUCCCAGGCUAUGGUCAUAUAGGACGAAAAGGAGUAAAGGGCUCACGAGGAUACUCUGGAGAUAUGGGGCAAAAGGGUGAAGUUGGCAAUCCUGGAAUUCCUGGGGGGCCUGGAUCCAAAGGAUUUAGGGGACUAACACUCACUGUAGGUUUGAAAGGAAUAAAGGGAUCUCUAGGACCCCCGGGCCCUCCUGGACGGAGAGGCCCUAAAGGCAUGGCAGGAGAGCCUGAAUAUUCUCAAUGUGAUCUGAUCAAGUUCAUGCGAGACCAUAGUCCUUGUUGGGAAGAAAAGUGUCCAGUGUAUCCAACAGAGCUGGUGUUUGCUCUGGAUCAGUCCUACGGUAGCACAGAACAGAAAUUUAACGAAACGAGGGACAUCAUCACUUCUAUCAUCAGUGACCUUACCAUCAGGGAAAAUAAUUGCCCUGUGGGAGCAAGAGUUGUUGUGGUUUCCUAUGACUCAGGCGCCAGCUACCUCAUCCGGUGGUCCGACUACCACAGCAAGAAGCAACUCGUCCGGCUUCUUUCCCAAAUAAAAUAUCAAAUCCCUACAGAAGCACAGGACAUUGGCAAUGCGAUGAGGUUUGUGGCCCGGAACGUUUUCAAGCGGACAUAUGCAGGAGCCAACGUGCGGAGAGUGGCUGUGUUUUUUAGCAAUGGACAAGAAGCCAGUAGAUCAUCCGUCAUCACGGCCACCAUGGAGCUUAACGCCCUGGAUAUCAGUCCAGCAGUCUUUGCUGCUAAUGAAAGGGUUUUCCUUAAUGAGGCUUUUGGGUUUGACAACACUGGAACAUUUCAGGUGAUUCCAAUUCCUUCAAAUGAGGACCGCAAACCAUUAGAAAGACUUUGGAGCUGUACACUUUGCUAUGAUAAAUGUUUUCCAAAUGCCUGCAAGAAAGAGAAUCUUUUACCUGAAAAUUCACACAUGGAUGUAGCCUUCCUCUUACACAAUUCUUGGAAUAUAGCAAGUGAUGAGUUUAAAGCUGUGAAAGACUUGGUGAGCUCAAUGCUUGACAUCUUCGACAUUGCUUCAGACCCUUCAGUCUCAGACUCUGGUGAUAGGAUUGCCUUGUUGAACUAUUCUCCUUGGGAUAGUUCUAGGAGAAAGAAAGGUGAGGUAAAAAUAGAGUUUGAGUUUACAACUUAUGACAACCAAAUCUUAAUGAAGAGCCACAUCCAGAAUGCCCUCCGACAGCUAAAUGGAGAAGCCACCUUUGGCCAUGCUCUACUGUGGACCAUGGAGAAUCUCUUUCUAGGAACACCCAACCUGAGAAAACACAAGGUCAUCUUUGUAAUCUCAGCAGGAGAAAAUCAUGAGAGAAAGGAAUUUUUGAAGAAGAUGGCUCUGAGGGCCAAGUGUCAAGGCUAUGUCAUAUUUGUGAUUUCCCUGGGUUCUGCACGUAAGGACAACAUGGAGGAGUUAGCCAGCUACCCACGUGACCACCAUCUGAUACAGCUUGGGAGAAUUCAUAAACCAGAUCUGGAUUAUAUUGUGAAGUUUUUAAAGCCAUUUGUGUACUCAAUCAGACGAGGAUUCAAUCGGUACCCACCACCGAUGCUUGAGAAUGCGUGUAGACUCAUCAAUUCAGAAGAAGAGGAUAGUCAAAAUAGCGGCUUCCUAUUUACUGCUGAGCCACAUGAGAUUUCUUCCAGAGAGAACAGCUUCAUUCAUCAUGAAUUAACUGCUGGAAUAGAAUCAUCUUUUGUGUUGGAAGACAGUGGAAGUGACCAUUUGGUUUACAGUUCAAGACAGAUGUUAAAGCCACCAAAAUUGAUGAAAUAUGAAAAAGAUCAGGAUUCUGAAGAAAUUGCAAGUCUUACUUCUGGACAUGAAAAUCAUGGCAGGAAAGGAGAACCAGGUCUUACUGACAAACCUAGAGCUGUCUCUCUUGAAGAAUACUAUAUGGAUGUGGCUUUCCUCAUUGAUGCUUCCCACGGAGUAGGAAAUGAUGACUUUAAGGAAGUGAAAGCGUUUAUAACUUCAGUGCUUGAUUACUUUUACAUUGCCACAGAUCCACUGACCUCCACCUUAGGAGAUAGAGCGGCAGUCCUGACCUACUCUCCUCCAGGCUAUACGCCCAACACUGAACAAUGCCCCGUCUACCUGGAAUUUGAUUUGGUUACUUAUAACAGUGUAUACCAAAUGAAACAUCAUCUCCAAGACUCUCUUCAACAGCUCAAUGGGGAUGUUUUUGUCGGCCAUGCCCUGCAGUGGACAAUUGACAAUGUGUUUGCAGGAACCCCCAAUCUAAGGAAAAACAGAGUUAUCUUUGUUAUAUCUGCUGGCGAAACCAACCCCUUAGACAAGGAAGUCUUAAGAAAUGUAUCUCUGAGAGCCAAGUGUCAGGGCUACUCCAUAUUUGUGUUUUCCUUUGGUCCUAAACACAAUGAUAAGGAAUUAGAAGAUUUAGCUAGCUACCCACUGGAUCAUCACUUAGUCCAGCUUGGCCGAAUUCACAAGCCAGAUUUGAACUAUAUUAUUAAGUUUGUCAAGCCAUUUGUCCAUUCAAUCAGACGUGCCAUCAACAACUAUCCCCCUGCAGAUCUGAGACCCAAGUGUGUUAAUAUCACCUCCCCCAACCCAGAAAACACUGGCAGAGAAAACACUCUAUUCCUUCUUCCUGAAGUAUAUGAGAUAGAGACAGAAAAUGGAAAGCUGUUUGGUGAAUUUGGUUCCCAGGAGCAGCAUGCCUUUGUAUUAGGGAACAAUGAUAGUAAUGAUUCUGAGAUCACUACUGAUUUGAUCCAAAAGUUAUACAUGCUCUUUUCAACUGGGGAACUGGUGAUGAAAGACAAGGAAGAGGCACAUUCAGAAGAAAUUACAGCUCCAGCAAAUGGUGAACAACGAGAUAAAAAAGAUGGUGAGGGCACCAGAUGAUUGCAACAGAAAAGAUAACUCUGUUGCCGUGUGUAUGUCCAUGUGGUUCUAACCAGAAAGUAUGUAUCAUCUAUUGAAGUUGGAGGGGUAAGUGACAGGAAUGUUUCACGAAACAAUUGGCUAAUAAGGUGCUAAAUUUGUUGUUUUAAAUCCGUGGAAAGACUUUUCUGAGCAAAGACAUCAGUGAGCAGAACCGAGAAACUAGGAAUGAUUUCAUUUCUCCUGAGAACUGGGAUAACUGACCUUGAAGAGUUAACUGAAUCUUUUCUUUGACAGCUCUGUACAGUUCGUGCAUCAAUUUCAAUGAUGUAUCUGCCUAAAGAAGAUUUUUGUCAUAAUUUUCAUCACAUCUAUAUCUCAAAUUGAACUCUUGAGUAAAAAGUAGUUAGAUUUAGAAUUUCCUAGGAAUGUCUUGUAUUUGUUCGCAGAACUAAAAACCUAUGCCCAUGUCUUCAGUUCUGUUACUACCCUAAUGUUGCAUCUUGCACUGAUUGCCCUGGGAAAUCUAUCAGGCUGCUGUCACCAUUGUCAACGCUUGCUCUUACCAGGGCAUUUGCGAAAGAAUGGAAUUUUUGAUAAAGAAAAAAGUGAGACCAGGCUAAUUUGAUGAACUGCUAUUUUGUGCUCUGAUCAUUUGUUUUACAUUUUAGCAUGCCUUGCUUUGUGUGUAAUUAAUUUUGCUGCAACAAAACAAAACAUUAUGAAAAAACAUGAAUACUCUAUAUGACCAGAGCUGUUCUUGGGAAUUAC